CCAUCGUGAGACCAAAGAAGAGAGGAGAAAUAGAUUUUUUGCUGGAACAGAAAGAGACGAAACUAGCCUCUUCUUGCAACUUGCAAUUUGAUUUCCUCUUCUUGCUGUCCCCAGAAAAACAAGAACAAACCAAGGAGAGAAAUAGUCUCGACUCUUGAGAUUGAAUCUAAUGGGAAAAAAGUGUGAUUUAUGCGAAGGUGUUGCGAGAAUGUACUGCGAGUCAGAUCAGGCGAGUCUCUGCUGGGACUGCGACGGUAAAGUUCACGGCGCUAACUUCCUCGUCGCUAAGCACACGCGAUGUCUUCUCUGCAGCGCCUGCCAGUCACCCACGCCGUGGAAAGCCGCGGGGCCUCGCCUCGGCCCAACCUUCUCCGUCUGCGAUUCAUGCGUCGCUCUUAAAACCGCCGGCGGCGGUAGAGACGGCGUCAGCAGCACUGAGAGGAUUCUGUCGGAGAAUCCUGGCCAGGAGAUCAAUGGUUUCGAUAAUGAUGACGGUGACGGCGCGGAGUCUUACGAUGAUGAUGAGGACGAAGAUGAAGACGAGGAGUACAGUGAUGAAGAUGAAAAUGAAGAAGACGAAGCUGAGAAUCAAGUGGUGCCGUGGGCUGCGGCGGCGGCGGCGCAACCGCCUCUUGUAAUGAGUUCAUUAUCUGCUGACGGUGGAGGCGGAGGUCCGUUGGCGAAGAGGACGAGGGACUGCUCCGAUGAGGAGAUCGGAUGCUCUUCAGCUCAAGAGUCAAACUGUUCUCGGCCGUUGAAGCGACCGUCAAGAGAGGAACGGCGCCGUUGAGUCAUCUCCUUCGUUGUCUUCUUUGUUCUUUGCCAUCUCCAAAACGAGUUGAGAUCUCAGCCGUUGAUUCUCCUCUUUGGGUCAAUCACCACCGUUCAUUUCUGUGAUUCUAACAAUAGACUUGUUUUAAUGAUGAGGUAGUUCAUUGUUUUGUAAUUUUAAAUGUUUGCAUUUCAUUUAUCAAUAUCGUUAUCUUGUUGAUUUUGUUUAUUUGAGUAAUUAAUUUGGAUUCCUAUGUAUUGAAAUGCUUAUUAUUAGACUCGAAUUUUAUAUUA